AAUUGAAAGACAGCUUUGAUUCUUGACAACAGGACAGCUAGCAACCACUAUUUGCAAACACAAGCACGACCAUCGAGCAAAACAAACUCCAUCACCGAACCAUCGCUCAACUUGCAAACCUUCACAAUGGUCGCAUUCACAAACAUCCUCCUCACAAUCUUCUUGACAUCCUCGUCAAUCACACCUGCCCUCGCGCGCCCCAGCCCGCUCUCGCCAGACCCCGCGGGUGCCAAGAACGUCGGUAACGGCGCCGGCGGGCAGUUCAUAGGCGGGGCAUGCCUCAGCUCAGCAGACUGCGCGAGCACAUGCUGCGCAACGCUCAAUGGCGCAGGGAUAUGCUCCGGGCUGGGCGCCCAGUUCCAGGCAGGCAAGACGGGAUGCGGCUUCGGCGACGGCGGCGCAGCGGCACCACCCGCGGGCUCCCCGCCGGCGGCCCAGCCGAGUUCUGCCCCGGAGGCUCGACCUGACGCAGGUGCCGGAGCCGGUGCCGGCGCGGGAGCCAUUGACGCCUCGCUGCCCGGCUCGCAGAAUGUCGGCAAGGGGAACGGGUCGCAGUUCAUCACAGGCCAGUGUCUGAGUGAUGCGGAUUGUCAGUCUGGUUGCUGUGCAAAGCCGAAAGGCGUCUGUUCCGCCGUCGCGGUGCAAUUCGACAGCGGGAAGCAGGGAUGUGGGUUUGGUGCUGCUUGAGCUUGUGCACAAUGGGCGAGGGAGCGGACUUAUCCAGCGCAGCCUAGGCCUGCAGCAGGAUAUACUUUAGAAUUUGCAACCAAGCUGUUCUUUUCGGACUUCUGGGUUGGGGAAAUACAUGUCGGCGUUUUUGGGUACUGUCAGGGGACAUUCUGUAUUAUCUUCACAGAGCCCGUUGGGCUCCAGUACAAAAGUAGUGGAGGAAAUGCAAAGAUUUGAGCCAAUCCGACCAAGACUGUUUGGAGAU